CCAUGGCAGCGACGCAGAAGCUCUACCCGCGCGCGACUGUGAAGCGCGUUGUCAAGGCUCACUCCAAUCGCAGUCUGAGCAAGAAUGCAGAUAUUCUGAUCUUCCUCGAUUACAUGCUGUUUAUGCAAGAGUUGAUGCGGGAAUCCUCAAUUCAGUCGCGGAAAGCAGGCGAGAAGAACAUCUCGCCCAAUAGUGUCCGGAAGGUGACUGAGAAGACACUGCGGAAGUUCAAAGGUUGAGUUUGUGCACCAUGGGAGUCGACUUCAUUCCCUGGGCUUCUGCCUAACUCGUCAAUGAGAUCUCGAGCUGCCUGGCAUAACAACGGCACCACACAGCGUUGGAUUGGGGGAGAGUUCUAUAGUUUCUUUUUGGGUUUGUCUUUAUCUGUUUCCGGAUUUAUUGGGGGUGGGGGCUUCUAUUGUGGAAUGGGCUGCGGAGUAGUUCAGGCGAUAGAAGCUGGUAAGGCGUUGAUCAGGAGUUGUGAUGAUACCCAACAAUCAUGGUGGCCUUCCAGCCGCAGGGGUCUCCCCUGUCGGAAUUGAACCUGUACAGUAGAUACAUACAAAGUAGAGGUAACCAAGGCUCCAAGUA